GUCUGUCUCCAGCAUGGAAGCUCCAGUACGUCCUGGUGAAGGACCACCCACAGACAGGAAGCAGUUACUAUUUCCUGGUAGAGGAGUGGCUGUCAGUGGACAACGGAGGGGACGGAUGGAGCGUGGAGAUAGAGGUGGAGGUCUCAGAAGAGGCAGAGCUUCGUCGGUUGCCCCGCCUCCUGAACUGGGAGCUUCAGCGUGCUCUGUGUGAGAGUCACUUGUGGCUGUCGCUAUGGGAACGGCCCGUCCGCAGUCCCUUUACCCGCCUCCAGAGGGCGACAUGCUGCGCCCUGCUGCUACAGCUCUGUCUGCUGGCUAACACCAUGUGGUACAGCACCGUGGCCAAUAGGAGCUACAGCUCUGUAGCAGUGUCCAGGCUGGUGGUGGUGAAUGUGGAGACUGUGGCUGUGGGAGUGGUCAGUUGUCUGGUGAUUUACCCCCUCUACCUGCUGGUCUUCACUCUCUUCAGGAUGAGUCGUAGCAAGUGUGUGUCAGUAGAACAGGUGCCGUCCUCCCAGGUGGACCAGGAGUCAGUGGAGAUAGAUGACUUCCUGGACAACUCCAUGGCAGGAAGCUCCUUCCUCAUCUUUAACGGUGUCCCUGGAGAGACCUAUUCAGAAGAGACCAACGUGGACCUCCCCCCACACCUCCACCAAGGUGUCCAGAGUUGGGGUGUGGUUCAGGAAGAGGAUGACGACGAGGAGCGUGAUUGGCCAGAGUUGUUGAGUGACAUGUCUGAGGUGGGAGGGGCGGGCCUGGGGGCGGGGCUACCCAAGUUGAAGAGAGGUCAAGGUUCAAGACACCUGGGGGUGGACAUGACCCUUCACCCCGACAAUGACGACCUCACACACCGCAAUAAGUACUUCACAUCCUCAGAUGAAGACCUGAUUAAACGGAUCCUGGCGGACGGCCAGCUGCAGGUGUCUCAUCUCUGUGACCCCCAACACUUCUUCUCCCAGACAGCAGACAGCGAGACGGCCGACCUGUCCAGUAUCUUUGGUGAUAAGACAGAGGUGGUCCUCCUUCAGAAGAUGAAUGAACCGCUGUCCCUCGGAGCUGUCAAGAGGGAGCCCCCUAGAACAGCCUUCACCUCACGCACAGUUGUAACAGACGUGUGUAGUCCGAGGCGUUUCCCCUCCUGGUGUGGGCAGGCUGCUCUAUGGGGCAGCUGGUCGGGGCUUGUCCUAGCCAAUGGGCUGUCAGUGUGGGCAGGAAGAGGCUUCAGUGAUGCUGGCUCUGAUGUGGCUCAUUUCCUGUAUCGGUAG